CCUUUCCCGCGACAUUUACAUUUUCAUCAUCAUUUUUCUCCUAACGAAAUUUUCGCGCGGAAAGUGCCAUUGGGACAAAGUGCAAAAAGCACAGCCACAGUAUUGGUUUUUCUUUUGUAUUCCAUUCGGAAAGCAUUUCACCUGGCGAAAGCCAAAAGAAAUAGAGACGCGAAUUCAAGACGCGGAUUUGCACAAUUGAAAUAUGAGGAGCGCAAUCAGCAGCAGCGAAAUGAAUAAAUUACGCGAAAAUAAAAUCAAUUUACAUUAGGGCAACUGGAGACGAGUGACUAGUGACUAGCCGUCAGACGACUUGGACCCACGACGACCCCUCGAGAAGCCGAGGCCCUCCAAAUACCAUCUCUCAUUCACCAGCUGACAGCCAUCUGAAGGACGAACAAGGCGCUGGCCCAUGAGCUGCCGGGCGUGCAAAUUAUAUUACCUUGUCAGGCGAGUGACAUAAGGCGGACCUCUUGGCCCCACACCCACAUCCACAUACAAGCCCGCGCCCACUCAGCCCAUGUGUGGAUCCCAGUGAGGUGGCAAGUGGGCAAAGGAGGAGCUGGAGGAGGUAGCGGAGGUACUGGGGUCACGUCUUGGGUUACCAAAUCGCCGCCAUGCUACGCAGCUGCGUGUGCCUGCGCACCGAUGACGACGGGAAGCGGCGCAGCUCCUCCGUGGAAGACGCCUCCUCGUGCCGCUCGUCGGAAAUAGAGCGCGUGGGCGCCAGCAUGCAGACACUGGGCCCCAAUGGACAGCCGCAGUCAUCCGCCGCGCAGACGAGCACCAGGGCCUCCAGUCUGCUGCAGCUCUUCCAGCGGCGAGGUUGGUGCAAGCACUUCCGCAAGCCGCUCCGGGGCAUGAGCGCCUCCCGAGCCGAAAAGACUAUCCGAGCGGCAAUCUUCAUCCAGAAAUGGUAUCGCAGGCAUCAGGCCCGUCGCGAAAUGCAGAGGCGUUGCAACUGGCAGAUCUUCCAGAACCUGGAGUACGCCAGCGAACAGGACCAGGCUGAGCUGUACAAAUUCUUCAAUGACCUCAUCAAGCACAUGCCCCAGGCGGCGGGCAGGAAGAACCAGUACCAAGGAUCCGCCCAUGUUUCCGUUUUGGAUGAUAAGGACGAUCUCGUCGAAGAGUUUGGAGACAUUGUGAAUGCCAAAAUUGAGUUGCCAAUACGAAAAAAUCAUAUCGAUCUAUUGAUUGACGUCUUCCGCAAGAAACGGGGCAACCGAUUGCAUCCCAAGUAUGUGGCCCUGAUUCUACGUGAAGCUGCCAAAUCGCUGAAGCAGCUGCCCAAUAUUUCUCCGGUGUCCACGGCGGUUUCCCAACAAGUUACGGUUUGCGGCGAUCUACAUGGAAAAUUGGACGAUCUUCUUGUGGUGCUGCAUAAGAACGGUCUUCCCUCAUCUUCCAAUCCCUACGUGUUCAAUGGCGACUUCGUGGACAGGGGCAAGCGUGGCUUGGAGGUCCUGCUCCUGCUGCUCUCCCUUUACUUGGCCUUUCCCAACGCAGUUUUCCUCAACCGCGGGAACCACGAGGACAGUGUCAUGAAUGCGCGAUAUGGAUUUAUUCGGGAAGUGGAAAGCAAGUAUCCCCGGAAUCACAAGCGAAUCCUGGCCUUCAUCGACGAGGUCUACCGAUGGCUUCCCCUGGGCUCUGUUCUCAAUAGUAGAGUCCUAAUCGUGCAUGGAGGCUUCUCGGACAGCACCAGCCUGGAUCUAAUAAAGAGUAUUGACAGGGGCAAGUACGUGUCCAUUUUGCGACCGCCACUUACGGAUGGCGAACCACUGGACAAAACCGAGUGGCAGCAGAUCUUCGACAUAAUGUGGAGUGACCCGCAGGCCACCAUGGGAUGUGUUCCGAACACUCUGCGAGGAGCUGGCGUCUGGUUUGGACCGGAUGUGACUGACAACUUUCUGCAAAGACAUCGACUCAGCUACGUCAUUCGAUCGCACGAGUGCAAGCCCAAUGGCCAUGAGUUUAUGCACGACAACAAGAUAAUUACUAUAUUUUCGGCCUCGAACUACUAUGCCAUUGGAUCCAACAAGGGCGCCUACAUCCGGCUGAACAAUCAGCUGAUGCCCCAUUUCGUUCAGUACAUAUCGGCGGCAUCGCAGACCAAGCGAUUAUCCUUCAAACAGCGAAUGGGCAUCGUGGAGAGUUCGGCACUCAAGGAGUUGGCGGUGCGUAUGCGCGAUCAUCGCGACGAGUUGGAGGACGAGUUCCGGAAGUAUGAUCCCAAGGAUAGCGGCUAUAUAUCCAUAUCGCACUGGUGCAAGGUGAUGGAGAACGUGACCAAGUUGGGGCUGCCCUGGAGACUCCUACGCGAUAAGCUGGCACCAGGCACGGAUAGUCAAAAGGUUAACUAUAAUAGGACGUUGGAUCUGCUGGACACGGAUGUUAUUCUCGAAGCUGAGGCUGAUGGCAUGUCGGUAAUGGAUGCUUUGUAUGCCAACAAAGCCAGCCUGGUUGCCAUUUUUAAUAUAAUUGAUGCCGAUAAUUCGGGCGAAAUUACCCUUGAUGAGUUCGAAACUGCUAUUGACCUACUGGUGGCCCAUAUGCCAGGUGCCUAUUCCAAGGCGGAAAUGCUGGAGAAGUGCAGAAUGAUGGACCUUAACGGAGAUGGCAAGGUGGACUUGAACGAAUUCCUGGAAGCGUUCAGGCUGAGUGACCUGCACAGAAAGGAGCAGCAGGACGAAAACAUCAGGAGGCGUUCGACUGGCAGACCAUCCGUGGCCAAAACCGCCACAGAUCCUGUCACUCUCCUGGCCGACAAGAUCUCAAAGAACACGCUGGUUGUGGAACACGACAUCGAUCCCACGGACUGUGAGUCCAAAGUAAUCGAUCCUAAGAAGUCCUAAGAUCAACAAAGUACCAUUAUUGUUUCUGGAGCAAAUUUCUCAGCUCGUACUUAAUUUAAUGUACAUGAAGCAUUUAAGGCUCAUUUGUUUUUAAGUCAUAAUUUUAUACACACCAUAAGUAGCGAAAGCGAGUGUUAACAUUUAUAAAAAGUCAAGUUAAAAAACUACCAAAGAUUAAAUCGAAUUAGAGGCAAAAGUUAUAAAUAUUAAGAUCUCUGCGAAAGCAAAACCAAUAUUUAGCAAAUCUACUGGCCAUUCCUCUACGCUUUUGAUUUAAAUAAUUUGUAUUUAUAAAAAAUCUCUAUAAGCUAUGUUGAGACUUUAAUAACAAAGGAAUUAAAAGUGUUAAAAGCUGCAGAAGAUUAUAAGAUUAAGAAAAUAUGUUACUUCAAGUUUAUACUAUCAAAAAUCUAGCGCUUUAUAUAAAUGUAUAGGCAAAUAAACAUAAACGUUAAUUGUUUAUCUAACCAUAAAAAGUUUAAGCCCAAGGGAUCAACAAUACAUUUUAUAUAUUAUUACGCCUAGUUCUAAAAUUUUAUAAAAAUGACAUGUUAACAACCAAACAAAAACUUUAAAUUAAAAGACACUAUUCUUCACUUAUAAGAAACGAAGUCUUAUCUUUGAAUCUGUAAUGCAAUGUUAAGUGAGGAUUAUUAUGCGACCUAAUUGCUUAGAAUUGAUAUUUAUACGAUAUAUAUAAAAGGACGUUGAAAAAAUAUAGAUUUUAAUAAAUAUGAAGCUUUUGAUCCACCUUGCGUUUUAUAGAGUCUAUUUAGCAGGAAAAGUUAAGCGAAGUGUUAAAAGUUAUAAAGCAUAAAUUGUACCUCACAUGGACCAUGCUUUUUGCACAAGUAUUAAAAAGCAGAUUUUAAAAAGCUCGCAAAAUCCAUAUCAUAAUUUUCAUCCGUUGCGUUUGAUGUUAUGUACAACUAAAACUAUAGCUAAUUGUUAACCAUGAAAUGCAACGCAAAAGUACAUUUUGUAUUACAGCCAGUUUACUUCCGUUAAUCAACAAAAUAUACUUUAGACUAAGUGUUUUUUGUGUGUGGAAGAAGGGAGAUUAGAAGUUAACCCUUACCCCUAAUAUAUAAUCAAUAUAACCACUAAAUCGUAAUCGAGUACCUUUACAAAUUAAUACUAAAACGCUUCUCAAAGGCACUACAGGACCAAGAAACUUAGCCCAUUGUUGGCAUUCAAGUAAAACUAAAAUACGCUAGUCAUCAAUUAACAUUAUACUUAUGUACUAAAUCUACUAUAAGAAGCACCUGUCCCCUAUUUGUAUUUUGAGCCACAUUUCAUCGAUAGACGGACUAUUUUCCUGGAACUUUAUUAAUAAAUAUGUUGAAUAACA